AUGGCGCAUUUCAUUCGUUGUAUAGCACCAAACAGGAAAAGAUUACCAGGUGUUAUUGAUCCUCAUCUUGUACUUCAUCAAUUGAGAUGUAAUGGUGUAUUGGAAGGUAUCAGGAUUUCUCGUCAAGGAUAUCCUAAUCGAUUAUUAUUUGAUGAAUUUAUUGAGAGGUAUCGAAUUCUGGUAUCGGAUCCAGAUCUUGGAUAUGGACGAAAUGCUGUUCAACGUUUUUGUAAUGCAAUCAAACUUGAUCCAACAUGUAUACAAAUUGGAAAAACAAAAGUUUACUGUAAAAUUGGCGUAAUUUCAGAAUUAGAAAACCGUCGUAAAAAUUAUUUAAGUUCACUAAUCUGUGAAAUACAAGCAUCAAUACGAUGGUAUUUGGAACAACAGCAUUACGAACAAUUACUUAAGAAUAGAGAAGUUAUUUUAAUUAUUCAAAAUAACAUUCGAUAUUUUACUGAAAUUUCCAAAUGGAAUUGGUAUCGAUUGCUAAUGAUAGUGAAAGAACUAAUACCAUUGAAUAAGGAUAAAAUAAGAUUGGAGGAAUUGUUGAAAACAAACGAACAAUUAACAGAGGAAUUAAGCGAUUUGCGAGAUAAUUAUGAAAAGAUUCAGAAAUUAUUAGAUGAAGCUAAUAGUAAAGUCAAGAAUCUUGAAGAUGAAAAGGAAUUGCAUAUUUGGCAGAAUGUUGAAAUGAAAGAGGAAUUGACGCGACAUGAAGAACUUAUGGAAAUGAUGGAGAAAAGAUUUGAUGAACAACAUGCUAAAGUUAUGAAAAUACACAAUUGUUUGCAAGAGAAUGAAAAGAAGAUUGAAGCUAUUGAAAAUGAAAAAAAAGAUCUCGAGAGUCAGCUGUGUAAGGUAAGAGCAAGUACUACUUAUCAUUAA